AUGGUUCUUUUAACGCCCUCCACAGUUUCGGCCAUUGUGUCGAUGGGAGUGAUCUGCAUAUUUACCACAUUGUUGUUUCUCUCUGGGUAUGUCUUGCAGCAGCAAUCUGUCAAGAACAUUCAGCAUGCUUUAAAGCCCCAGGAAGCGGCCCAAAUGGCCAGGCACAAAACGGGCCCCGCAUUCCAGAAGCCACUUAAACGAGGUCUAUCAGACACGGGCUAUGGGGCAGAUGAAGAUAUACCAAUCAUUGGAAGUCAACGCAACUACGACUCAUCUGGAAAUUAUGCCUAUCUCCAAAUGCUGUCUGAACCAGAUCCAUCAGACAUCUGCUCCGCAAUCCUAUUCUUCAAACAACUCUCCACAGAUGGAACAGCCGUCCAGGACCGUCUCUUCAUGUACCCAGAGCAAUGGGAUAGAAUGUCAGCUAAAAAGCUGGGCUCAUCCGCCACUAAAGCGUUAUCAAUAUUACGCGCUGCCAGCGCCAAAUACAAUAUCUGGCUCCUCCCCAUUGACAUGUCGGCAGCCACAGCUGCAGGCUACUCAACAACAAACAGCAAGCUGCUCCACUUGGGUCAGAUCCAGUUCAUGCAGUAUGACAGCGUCCUCUAUGUUCAAACACCGGGUCUACUAUUAGACACAGGCAAGCUGGAUCACAUGCUCUUGGCUCGGCCCUUGCCCCUCCGCCACGACAAGAACCGCCCGGAGUCCUAUAACAACGAGGCGUGGAUUCCUAUGCCGCUUCGUGCAAACCGUGAGGCGGAUCUCCCGCCUGUUUAUCUCAUUACUGUCAAUAAUAUCGAGAAUGGAAAUGUUGAGGCAAGGACUCAUGUUCCCAAUCUUGCGUUGCCUGGUUUUGGUAGUCUUGUGGUUGGGCCUCGGGGAGCUGCCAAAGCAGCGAAAUCGGCAGAUGCCGAUCAGCCUGGCUAUGUCUAUUUCGAUAGCGAUCGCGAUGGACAUGUUAAAUGGGCUAACAAUCCCUACUUCGGGACUUGGCGAUCUCAGCAAGCUGAAGUUUGUGAGGGCUUGGACUUGGACGAAAUCAUUCAUGAUGAGCAAUGA